GUCGAGACCCCGGCCUGGUGCGGGUCGGGCCGUCCCUGGGCCGGGACCCCGCCGCCCACAGCCGCCGGGGCCGGACACGUCUGGCAGGCCUGCGGAAACCUGGGAAACGCCUCUCGGCUCGCUCCCCGCUGCCAGUAGCUGGCAGGAGCAAUGAGAUCCCGGUGGGGUGGAAGGGAAGCAGUGCUUUUUCUAUCCGCAGUAUUGCAUUUGGGCAGAGAUAAUUCGUUGGGUUUUGAAGAGUCGUCUGUCUCAAUGUCUGGUGCUGGAAUUUCUCUCCAACAGCUGUUUUAAGCCCAUAAAAGGUCUCAUUGUAUAUUAAAUGUUUUUCCCAAGUGUUACUAGUUUCAUAGGCUAGUGCUAAAGCUGCCCUAAGGUUAUUCAGAAUGAAUGCUGAGUGGCAUUUAAACCAUAAAGGAUGGUAAUGUAACUUGUGACAGAUAGGUGUGGUUAACUAAAAAAAAGUGAAAAUCCCUGUACUUGCCAGCAACUGGAAGAGCAUUAUUCAAGCUAGUCUAUAGUAUUUAGCUACUUUACCAUAUACUAUUUAUUUGAGCGAGUUGUUCUUCAUAAGCAUAAAAUACCUUGGAAAAGAUGAAACUCCAUUGUUGUUGAUUUGCCUGAUAAAAUGAAAGCCUGAGAAUUCUAGCAAAUACUGAAUGAUAGGAAAUGGAGGUUGCCCUCCUAACUAGUUGGAGAGGGGAGGUCGUAACAUCAUAGGUAUUGCUUUGCUGUUUGUUCCCCCAGGAACCGUUUCAGGUAAACAUGGUCUUCCCAGAUGACAUUUUUCUUCUGCAUAUGCUUACUAAUCUGUUCUAGCUACUUGGAAAUACUUUCCUCAGUUUUCUUUUUAAUAUAAAUGGUAUCAUAUAUUCUUCUUAAAUAUUAGUUUUUUGUGUCAGGAAAAUGAGUGACUACAGAAAAGAAGUAGAAGAAAAUUGAGAGCACUGGCACUAGUGUAGUGGAAGGCUGAGUGAGUUUAACAUAGUUUCCAUGAUCCUUUUUCCAUCUGUCAAAGGAAUCUUCUACAGGAAGGCUGUGAUAAACAAGUAGGAAUGUUAAAGUCUGCUUAUCUAUCAAUAAUUUACUGUGGGUUUUUUUGGUUUUAAUCACAAACAAUAUAAAGAUAGCCUCCUCAUAAAGACGCUUCAAAAACCAAACCCCGAAUCUGCAGUGUUUUUCCAAAAGGUCUUAUAUUUUUCCUCAUGCUGCUAUUUGAUUUAUUGUCUGUGGUGUUUUAUUCCUAAAAUUUUACGUACAUGACAUUUAAAUAAAUACCAUUAGGAUGGCUAUGUAGAUAUUCUAAGCAAUAAAACCACUUACUCUAGUCAGCCUCUAAAUGCUUUUCUUGUACCAUCAACGUGGGAGCUCAAAGUUACGAUCGAGAGUUCAGCUUUGUGGUGUGAGUUUGGUUCAUUUCCAUGUAUUUUUAUCUGUUCAGUUUUAUAAUUAAUACCACUGGUAAUCAAUGAUUGCUAAUCUCUGAGUCAUGCUUGCUUGCAAGUCAUCACAGCAUGUCUCACUGACUUAUCCUUUUUUUUUUCCUUUUCCCCACCUGUAACUGCAGUCCAGGAAUGUGAUUUUUCUAUGCUUUUUAUACUUCUCUAGGUAGAUGGAAAAUUCCAAGAAGCUUUUAGCACUGUUACACACUUCAUAGAGGUGAAAAUAGUUAUACAAGGUGGGAAAAAUGACAGGCAUUGAUUAUGUGGAUCAAAGUUCACAGAGAGAAUAUUCAGUAACACUACCUUAGCAGACACUGUCCUGUGGUUUGUUAGAAACUUGAUGCUGCUGGUAGUUUACCCACUAAGGAGCUUGAGAAAGGGACUUUGUAGACGUGAAACAAUCUGGCAGUAUUACAUAUCCAUAUUGAACUGGUGGUCUGUUUCCCACAGUCAAAUCACCCGCUUGUACAGUCGCUUCACUAGCCUGGACAAAGGAGAAAAUGGCACUCUUAGCCGUGAAGACUUCCAGCGGAUUCCAGAGCUUGCCAUCAAUCCACUCGGAGACAGAAUUAUCAAUGCCUUCUUUCCAGAAGGAGAGGACCAGGUGAAUUUCCGUGGAUUCAUGAGGACACUAGCCCACUUCCGACCUAUAGAAGAUAAUGAAAAGAGCAAAGACCAGAAUGGACCAGAACCACUUAACAGCCGAAGUAACAAGCUCCACUUUGCUUUUCGAUUAUACGAUCUAGAUAAAGAUGACAAGAUUUCCAGGGAUGAGCUGCUUCAGGUGUUACGGAUGAUGGUUGGUGUAAAUAUUUCAGAUGAGCAGCUGGGCAGCAUUGCUGACAGGACAAUCCAGGAAGCUGAUCAAGAUGGAGAUAGUGCCAUCUCCUUUGCAGAAUUUGUAAAGGUUUUGGAGAAGGUGGAUGUAGAGCAGAAAAUGAGCAUUCGAUUUCUUCACUGAUGGAUGGAGAACCUAUUCCUUUCUACUCCGACUGUGUAAUGAAUAGAACUUCAUUUUAUCCUUAGCACCAUCCCCCAGAGCAUUGCUACUGGUGCAUAUACAAUACAUCUCCAACCCCUCCCUGAGUUGUUCUGCCAAUGUGAACGUUCCCUGUGCAUCAGGAACAAAGGGAAAUGGCUGCCGUGCAACUUGGAAAAGGAGCUUUUUUUAAUGUUUUCCUUCGUUUUUUUUACCCUUUCUCUUGUCUCUUUCUGCACUACUGUUUCAGUAAAAAUGUCUCUCCUUAUGCACUGCUGUUUAAUCUACAAACUGAUUCUUCUGAGCUCUGAAUUUGGGAACGGAAAAGCGGAAACAUGCCACAGAAGUGCCCUCUGAAAUAUUUCGGAGACAAGCAUCUGCUCAAAUACUAGGUGCAGUGAUAAUGAUCCACUUUUGCCACAUGACAGCUGCCUUUUUUUUUUUUUUACCCCUUUCCUAUUUGGCUCUCUACAUACAGAUUUGUUUCUUCACUGCUUCUAAAUCUGCCUUUACUUAAGGACUUGUCAAUUUAUAUGGCUUUAUUGUAUAACUAGCACUGAAUGCAUGAUGAUAGCCUAGAGUACUUUAAAGUACUGUGAAUAGACUUUAUUCUUUGUGGAAUUAAUUCAUAGGGACAGUGGGAGAAUAUGUGGUGGAGACAGGCUAUGGUGUUCCCAAAAGGAAUAGGAAUUCUGCACUAAGUCACUUAAACUGUUCCAGUAGCAGAUGCAGAAACUUGUUUCUUUCUUUUGAGUAGCUUUCAGGCUUGACAGCCAGUGCACCAUGAAGUGUCCUCUCCAGAUUUCUUUUGUCUAGGAUCCCUCCUUUCAUAAGGGUGGUUUUGCUUCUGAAAGUGUAAAUUUGUUGACCAGUGUACAUAAUACAAGAAAACUAGUCAUGCCAAAAUCUGGAUUUGUAGUUCUGUCACUGCCCCGUGGUAACAGUGUCAUGAAACAUGAGAUCAUGAAACUGAUUUCAUGGGGUUUUUUUCCAAUUAGAGAGGCCUGGAUAAUCAGUAUUUUUAUUUUCCAGUAUGAAAGUCCUGGUCUGUUAGAUUUUUGUUGAGAAUGGUAGCUGUAUUUAGGAAAACUCUAGCAUCAGAAUACAAUUUGGGGUAGUACAUAUUAUCCCAAAUAUUUCAGAAUAUAUUUCUAUGCAAAUCUCUUUGCAAGUGUAAGAUGAUUAAUACUGUUAAUAGAAUGCUGAUAAAUUCAAGAGAUCUAAAUUCUUGAAGGUUUAAUAUUAACAGUUUUCUGUGGCUAGAUUGACAAAUGAUCUCAUCUAGUUCAUCUGGAACAUUCCACAGUCUGGGAGGUCCUUCCAAUAAAACCAAAAAAACCCUGGGAGCUUCUUUAUUGAAGAAUCUGUGUUAUAACUGCUUCUCUGUUAUGUGCUAACAUCUCUAUAAAUACUUACCAGUCUCAAACUACUCUCAAAUGUGCAUUUCCUUUUUUCUCAGUUCCUUUAAUCAUCACUUUUGUUAAAGAAUAACAUGCAAGUCUCUGAAGGAUUUUUGAUUUGUUUUAAAUUAAGGAAUUCAAAAGUAAAAUGUUGCACUUCAUUGUUUUGCAGAGUGCAGCACAAUUCCAGAAAGAAAUGUAAAUUAAAAACCUCUGCCUUGUAUGAGAAAGAAACACUAUAGUUUUAUAACCAUGUCUUGUAAAAUAGGAAUGUAACAGUGUUAAUGGAUUGAAAAGUGAAAAGUGCUUGUAGGCUUUGUGAUUUGCUGAAACGUAGGUGUUGCUCUUUUCAGGCUCUACAGUGGUAACCUACAGUUGUGCCUUAUUGUCCCAGUGAGACUGGAUAUUGUAUUUAUCAGUCCAUAAAUAAACCUUCCACUGUAUAAAAAAAAAAAAGUCAGACCCCAACUAUUCCUGUAACUGAUUAUCCUUUAAUGACUGGAAAAAUUAAAUACCACUAGAAUGGUGCUAGCAGGCCUUACAGAUCAGUUUUUUUUAACUGAGCUUGUUUUCAGAAUAUUAAUAGUUCUUUAUUCUGCUGGCAAAGUGGAGGAAACCAAUGCAAAACAUGAACUCCAGAAGAGGACACGCACUCAUAACCUGCGCUAUGGAUCCCACAACAAUAUGAGUUUUACACCUCUCCACGGUUCCAAAUUAGGCUUUUUGUUUGGGUUAUUUUUUCCCUCCUCAUAAUUGUUGUAGUGUUGUUCUAAUUAAAGGGUAUAUAAUACCAA